UAUUGAAAUAUGUUUGGUUGAAAUGGGUUCAAAUCAUCACCAUUGAAAAAUGUAUUUUGAUGGAUUUAUGGGGCUCAAACAAGGGCAAAUUAUGAGCAGUAUUCUUGACAGAGAGUGGGUGGAAUUAUGGAGUUGGCCUAGGAUAUUUGCUAGCUGUCUAUAGCACCAUUAGAAAGGCUGGAGGACUUCGUAUAGCUGAUGAGGUCCAAUCAGGUUUUGCUCGCAUUGGAAGCCAUUUUUGGGGGUUUGAGCCCCAUGGGAUUAUGUCUGAUAUUGAUACGAUGGCAAAGGCAUCAGAAAUGGAAUUCCCCUUGGCGCUGUGGUUACCCUCCAGAGAUUGCAAAGGUCUUGACUCGCCGCAGUUAUUUCAAUACCUUUGGUGGUAAUCCUGUAUAUGCUUCUGUUGGGCAUGCUGUUUUUAAAGUAAUAGAAAAAGAAAACCUUCAGCAUAAUGCAUUCGUUGUGGGAUUGCUCCUGAAGCAAUGUCUAAAUUCCCUGAAGGAGAAAUACGAGAUUAUUGGAGAUGUGAGGAGAAGAGGUCUGAUGCUCGGGGUGGAACUUGUAACAGAUCGUCAGCUAAAAAUUCCUGCUAAGGCUGAGACUCUGCAUGUUAUGGACCAGAUGAAAGAAAUGUGAGUACUGAUAGAAAAUGGGGCUUUUUCUGGAAUGUAUUCAGGAUCAGUCCUCUCCUAUACUUCACCAAGGACGAUGCUGAUGGACUACAAGAUGUCAAAGAUGUGUAAAAAAAAAAAAAAAAAA